AUGGACACUACAAUCCCCGAGACAGCUCUACUCGAGUUCGAUCAAAACUACGCCCAGCUCAAGAAGAUCCAUGAAUCCUUGAGGCAUGUUAGGGGCUCCUCUAUCCCUGAGCCGGUGCUCCAGGAGUUUGGAAUUGCGCUUCAUUCCAUCGAUGUCGACUCUGGACUCUCUUCGUCGUCGUCUGGUCCUCCCUACUUCUUACCGAGCCCUGACGCCGAAGAUAUUGACCAACUAUGCGGCGAUUUCAAACGCGAUAUAUUCGUCAGAUAUCGCCAACACUCGUUUGAAAGACUGGAUGACAUGGUGUAUGGGAGUACCCAAUACCAGCUUCUCGAUAGCUUUCUUCAGUACCAAAAGCGCCUCAAGGAUAGGAAUAUACAAUAUCUGGAAACAGAAGAUAACGGUGACGAGAUGAGUGAGACUGAUAGCGCGUACAAAAGUGGAGAAGACUCUGGCAAUGAAGCAGGGAACAACAAUCAUGAUAACAAUAAUGAUCAUAAUCAUGAUGAUAAAGAGAGCAGUGAGUGGGAUAGUGGAGAGGAGAGCGAUGGCCAUAUUAGUAAGGAGGAGAGUGAGGAUGAGAGCGAUGAGGAACAAUGGUACAAUCAUUCUAUUGACUGGAGGGGUGCCGAGACGUUGGCCCCUAAGUAUUGGGUGGUUACCAAUUAUUAUGAUUCCUGGCGCCAGCCCAACCAAAAGGCCCAAGAAGGGCACCACGCAUUUCGACAGGUUCGGAGGGGUCAGGCCACCAGCCCAUAUCAAGGCCACCGGUGGGCAGUCAUCAUGACAGAUGAAUCAGAUGACGAUUGCCCAUCUGUUACCGAGUUGCUUGCGCUGGUCAACGAAAUAUUGAAGGCGAUGAGCGCAUGGAAAAAGAAAGCCACAGAGCUUGAAAACAGCUGCAUUCAUCGUGUCUUCCCUGUGGCUAUUAUCUCAUAUGAUAAAUAUCUCAAGGUCCGAGUGCUCCAUGGAUACUACUAUGACGGCACCCUAAAUGUCCAGUUCACGGAAGUAUUGGACUUUUUCGAAAUCGGCCGAUACGCAUACUACGAUGAAAGGUUUAACUAUUUUUUGAACCCGGAACAUGAGGACGAAUACUGCAGCCUGAUGGGUUCUUUGACUCGCUGGACAUGGCCUCUCGCGCAGGGAGAUACUACUCAACCAGUCUCUUCUUCGUCAGCACCAGCAAAGGCAUCGUUUGGCAGGUAGACGGCUAGAGGGCUUGGCUUGCUUCAAGGAUGAUGGAAUCUGAGACGAGCUUGCUAUAAUCUUUACCCUAUGUAGCUAUUCGGGUGGAAUAGAGAGCAUUUGGCUUGAAUUCCAGUAGAGAUGCUCACAACAUGGAUUGCCACGUAGUUCUU